CAUCCAAGUUCAGAAACACAGGCCCUCGAAGUCUCGAAAACCAUUAGAAACGCUGGAAAGCGGUGAAUUUGUAGUGCGCCUUCUUUUCCGAAGCCGGUGGAUUACCGAUUGUUAGAAAGCACCGAAAUCAACAGUGGAGAAGAGGAGUGGGAGUGGGACCGUCGUAAGAGAUGUCGGACCCGUACGAGAACGUGAAAGGGGGCAGGCUCACCUUCAAAGGUGGGAGUCUGGCUACUCGCAAAACCAUCGACAAGAAAAAGAAGAAGAAGCACAAGAACAAGAACGAUGACGAAUCUCAGCCGCCCGUCGACGAAGCUGCUGCCGAAUCUGGUUCUGGAGAACAAACCUACACCAUCGACGCCGCCAAGCGCAUGAAGUACGAGGAUCUCUUCCCCGUCGAGGCCAAGAAGUUCGGUUACGACCCCAAAAAUCCCAAUGCCAAGUCUGUUGAGGAUGCCCUCGAUGAUCGCGUCAAGAAAAAGGCUGAUCGUUACUGUAAGUGAGGUCUAACAAUCUUCGCGCUUGUAUAUGUCAGACAAAUUUACUAUCUUUUUCAUGAUUCUGUCUAGGGUUUCAAUUGAAUUUUCCUGAGAAAAAUCUAAUUACCUGUUGUAAUAGUUGAUAAAUGUUUGGGUGGAAUAGAUAUUGACAUAUUGUGGAUUAGCCUUUCAUGCCUUCUUUAAAGAUGGCCAAUUUCAGAUUGAU